AGUGAAAUCUCAUCCUUAUUCCUCGUCUUCGAGUAAUAACGAGCCUCAUCGUCAUGGCGUACGUACUUUGGAGAGUGUUCAUGAAAAAGUACACCAAGGUCCGAUUGGGAAUUAGGAAUCUACCGGUGAAUCCGGCCGAGCGUCAGGCCCCGGAAAAGGAGGAAACCUGGACUUUGGCGUCGGAGAAUCACCAUCACCAGGAUACGGGGGAUGAAAAGAUUGGAGCAUCGCAAUCGGUAGUCACGCCCUGUGAUUAUGAACCGAAUCUACCACGUAGCCACGAAACGCGAAAGAGCAAGACAAAAAGGGUGAAGAAUUAUUUAAGGAAAAAGUGCAAGGAUGCUCUUUCCAAGUCCGAGGAUCCAACCGGGGUCGAGAAACGAAGGGACCAGAAGUGCACCUCUUGGUACGUCGACGAAAAAUGCAGCGAAGAUGAAUUCCCGCGGGAUCAUCUCGACUCUUCUUCCUCUUUGGAUCGAACCGCGGUUGAUCGAGUCUGCGAAUCGGUUGAAAAAAUCCAAUCCAGAGGGAGCAGAUCUUCGCUGUACGAGGACGCUAACGACGACGUCUUCUUGACCCUGGAUGAAAACGUCCUCGUCGUUCCUUCGGGGUGUUGUCAGGAAGCAUCUCCUGGGUCGAAACCUCUGCCAGCAUCAUCCGCGGAGACUCUAGUUUCGGAUUGUGUGAAUCUGCAUUGUGUUCUUGACAAGUGCGAAUCGAGUGACACUUUAGUGCCGGAAUUAUUGUCCACGGAAGCUAAUACCACCGUUACUGCCAAAUAUUCUAGUCGCAAGAUUAAUGACAGUUCUGCAAUUGAGUUUGGUGCCGAUUGCGAUGCGACCAAGUUUUGCGACGGUGCUGAUGAAGACCUACCUCGAAAUCGAAACAACCUUGAUAACGACGCCGGAGUUGUUGCAACCUCUUCUCAUCUUAACCUCGGUGAACCCGUCCAGCAUUCGCUACUCGGGGGACGGUUCGACGUCGCUACAUUGGUCAAAAAUCUCCUCGGACCAAUUUACGGUAACGGAGUCCUCGACCUACUGACGAGACAGGCGCGAGACAUCUUGGUAUGCGCUUAUCACGGGAAUCUUGAUGAAUUUUUAAAGUCCUUCCUGUCGCCGGCUGCCACACUACUCGCCGAAGUGAAGGAAACGGCCAUCAGAAACGGUAACGAGUCCGUGGUUCCGAAGGGGUGGCCCUUGACACUCGGUGAAAUCGGUCUUGUCAUCCACCUGGGCGAAUUGGAGGCUUCGGCGCUACGCGUCGGGGAAUGCUACCUCUGCGCGAGGAAACCACGGGGGAGGAGUACAGACCCUAGUUCGAACAUCGUCCAGGAGCCCGUUGAAAUAGCCCUGGUGUGGCGAUCGUCAAUGCGGGCCCCAGGGAUCCUCGGCUGGGACCGCGAGGACGAGUUCAUGGACUGGCGGGACUCGCAGAAGCGGAGAUCGGGGGCCAGCGAGUCGGUUUCUCGGCCACGUCGUCGGUCUCGCGAGGACUUGGCUCAGGGUGAGGCUCCGAGCGACGUCGAGGUCGUGAGCAACGGGGCGCGAGGCGAGGAGCCGGUUCGUCGACGGCCAGACUCCGCCGACCGGGUAGGACGACAGCCGGUUCCACUGGCCAAAUCGAGGUCGACGUCGAGCGUCGAUUCCUGGCAGGAGGAGACGAGGACGGAGCGACGGCGACGUCCCGCUGACGGUGUCGACGUCCCGAGGUCCGAGGGUGCCAGGAUCAAGCGGGGGACGAGCGUUUCGCCGAUGACCGUCGAGAGCUGGAAGGAGAGCAACUCCAGGUGGGAAACGAAGACGCGGACGCUCGCUCCACGUGACCUGAAAACACCCUUCGCCCUUGAGGCGGUCGUCGCUGAAUACGAGGGUGGAAAGGACGCCCGUCAUGACCUGGAGGACCUUCGUCCCGACGCCGUUUCGGACGAGGAUCUUCCGGGCUACAUCGGCACCCUCUUGGUCAGCGUCGAACGCGCCAUAGAGAGGGUGUCUCUCGACGAUUUACCCUUUCCCUGCCCGUCGUGCAGACACGGCGACACCGACGAUCCUCUUCUAGGAUGCAAAUGCGGAUCCCAAUCCUGCGGAUGUGCCAACGAUUAUUGCGGAUGUUCCGCAAAUCGGCCUGAGGAAUCACACACGUUUGAAGUCGCUGGGAUAAAGCAUAUCGACAGCGACGACGAGGAGGAAGUCCGGAUGGGAUUUGGCGCGAAGAAAAAAGGACAAGACCUCACGCCACCGCGGAGUAUUCAUGACCUCCCGGAUCACCUGCUUACCUGCGGUCUAACGUUACCAGGGUACAAAGACUGUGGCGACAGACCUGUCAUCGAAUACGACAGCACCGUAUCACCGACGGAGGCUAUUUCGCCGGUCGAAAUCGCCUGUUUUAUUCUCUACCUCGUUCACCUGCCCAGUUCCGACCGAUCAGAUACCGAAUUCACGUUGCUCGUGACUGGCCAGCCGUCCGAAGAGUUGGAUCUUCUAGACAACGCGUUUCAUCUACUGCAGCGUACGUUGAGAGUUUCUCAAGCUUUGGUGCUCCGAAAUUCAUGCGACGAGCCACCCGGCAGACCGCUUUUACCCCGCAGUCAAAUCAAGAUCGUAUUCGUGGAUGAGGAAACUAUUUCCAAACACAUCUCAAACCGCCAUCAAAAAUCCGAUCAUCUUCAAUGGAUUUCGUUUUUCAAGGAAUACGACACGGUGAUGUCGGAGUGGCAGGCUGCGGGUCGAAAGCUCGCCAUGGCCAUGUCGGAAUUAAAGGAGUGUGCGAUUAUUCCGCAACCGUUGGUUCCGCUCAGUCGUCUGCUGACAGAUCCCACAGUAAAACGCACACCGGCCGAUGCCAACGAGGUGAUCGCCCUCCUCGAGGAACGCUCUCAGGACAUUCGCCACGUCGAGCAAGUCAGAUUGUCCUUGGAUCGGGCUCGUCGACUACUAACGGAAGUCAGUAAUGCAGCGACGAGGCUUGAAUCGUCCUGCGAAUCUCGACGAGCUACGAUCAGGAAUUUAACCAUCCUCAGGAACAUCGAGGACCAGGCGCGCGAGGUUUUAUCCUGGCUCUGCAAAAAGGGCGAGGAAACGCUUUCAAGACACUCCAGACCCUCUGCCACCAAUCUUCCGGCAGCCAAAAUCCACGAACGUGAUUUCGAAAAGUUUUACUUCACGUCGAUGAAACACCUGGACAAGGGUAGCGACCUCGCGGAGGCGGCGAACACCAGCGGUCUUCGGGAGUUGGCGCGUUCCCUGAAACAGCAUCUUCGUGGUUUCGGUUCGCGUCUAGAGGACACGAGGGAGCGUCUGGAAGACACCUCGCGAUGUUUCCUGCUACUGGACCGAGCCUACGAAUGGGCAUUGGAGGCGACAAGGGUGGUCGGCGACCGUCGGGCCCAGCAGUUCCUUAUGGCGAGGCCACCGCUUCCCCAGGAACACUUCACCGAGAUGGUUGCCCUCGCUGAAAAACUGGGCAACGAACCACUCUUAGAGCAGUGUCGUGUGGCCAGAAACAGAUGCGCCGAAGCUCUCGAGCUCACGAGGUCUCAAUCCGCCCCAGGAAGUCCUGCUCGAAGAAGAUCCUUCGCCGCUACCGGAUCUGCCGCGUCCUGGGACGACAGCCUGACGAAACGCACUUCCUGGGACGACAGCGACAGCGCUUCCUGCUCCUGUCCCGUUGACGGCGGCGUCGGUCCAGGAUCCGGAAACGGCGGUCGUCCUACCCUCGACAACAUCGCCGAGCUUCGUGAAAGCGCCGAACAGCUUCUCGACUCCUCCUCUCCACCACGUUCGCCACCCCGAUCACCGGCGCCUCGACGCCUCGCAAAACCACCCGUCAAUUCGCACCUGCACCGAGCACCCAGUAUUGCGCCUGGAAUGAAAGCCAAGAAAACAAUACUGCUCAUAAUGAGGGAGAUGAUACAGACUGAACGAGAUUACGUGAAAUCACUUGAGUACAUAAUAGAGAACUACAUUCCGGAACUGGUGCGGGAAGACAUUCCUCAGGCUCUUCGGGGGCAGAGGAACGUUAUAUUUGGCAAUGUUGAAAAAAUAUACGAAUUCCACAGCCAACAUUUCCUCCGCGAAUUGGAACAGUGCGAACAGUGUCCAAUGUUCGUUGGACAGUGCUUCAUAAGACACGAGAAAAAGUUUUACCUUUACGCACUUUACAACAAAAAUAAACCCAACUCUGACUCUCUGAUGGCCGAGUAUGGGACAGCAUUUUUCAAAACAAAACAGUUGGAGCUUGGGGACAAGAUGGACUUGGCGAGUUACUUGCUGAAACCGGUGCAGCGAAUGGGGAAAUACGCUCUGCUUUUGCAGCAGCUCGUCAAAGCUGGCACUGAUCUUUCCGAUCAGAUCGCCAGCAAAGACGAGAAAGAAGACAAAGAGGACAAGGAAGAAGAACCGAAACCUCUCGUCGAGGGGGAAGCAGAUCUGAGAGCUGCCGAACAAAUGGUACGGUUCCAACUACGCCAUGGCAAUGAUCUUCUUGCUAUGGACUCUCUACGGGAUUGCGACGUUAACGUCAAGGAGCAGGGGAGAUUGCUGAGGCAAAACGAAUUCCUCGUUUGGCAAGGAAAGGGUAAAAAGUGCCUGAGACAAGUGUUUCUUUUUGAGGAUCUGAUACUAUUCAGCAAGGCCAGACGAUUCCCGGAUAGAAAGAACCUUGACAUUUAUAUCUACAAAAAUAGCAUCAAAACGACUGACAUAGGAUUGACAGCUGUGAUAGCCGAUUCACCAACUAAAUUUGAAAUCUGGUUCCGCAAGAGAAAACCCGGGGAUACCUACACCUUGCAAUGUGCUAAUGAAGAUAUUAAAAAGACCUGGACCGAGGAGCUUAGCAAUCUUCUUUGGAAACAGGCGCUCCGAAACAGAGAAGUGCGCCUGGCAGAGAUGUCGAGUAUGGGCAUUGGGAACAAACCGUGUCUUGACAUCAGGCCAAGUGCCGACCAGAUCAACGAUCGUUCGAUCAGCGUUGCUCAGCUUUCCAAAACUCCGAGGUUCAGAAACUCAAUAGCAGUCUCAGUUUCGGAGGAUUCUGGUCGCUGUAGUCGAAGGCCACACAGCGUAAUCUCUGUUAGCUCUUCAUCGAGCAGUGGCGGGAGCAGUGGGCCCACAGCAACGCUGCAUCUAGGGCUGGACACAAGUCCUCGUCCGCAUCACCGAAGCACCACAUUGAACAGUCAGUGCAGCGUUGAAAGUGGCAUAAUCGCUGACAUUUCAAUCGUAUCCGACGAUGGUGGCGAAGGAACUGAAAGAAAUCACUGGAAUUCGUCACUGGAGAGUCCAACGUCUCACCUGCCAGCUACGUCAACUCCGCUUCAAUCUCCAACGAACGCGAUUUCGGUUCCAGUAACAAUGCAACCGUCCGUUUCUGACAGCAAUCUGACACCUUAUGACCAGGAUAUUUCGAUUAAUCUAUAAUUAUUAGGUAAUUACCGAUAGCCCAGUGACACGCGAGUUUAAAAUGCGAAUGAAAUUAUCGUCUAUCAUUAUAUGUGUAUAUGUGAAUUGAUUCACUUGUGAAAAAAUGCACCGCGUUUAUCGUAAUUUUUUUACGCGAUUUACACUGGUACUGCUAUAGCAACAUAUUCAAUUACUACCUACAGAAAAUCACACUUCAUCUUUGAUUAUUAUCGAACCGUUGCAAAUAAUUUUUUACGCUUCGAUUCUUUUGUCAUGGGAUUUAGAAAAUUUUAAGAAGGAACAAACGACAACCCUCAGAAGUUACUCGUAUUAACUUACAUACUUGGUUACCGCUUGUAUUGCAUUCUAUGGUUAUACAAAGUGAAUCGAUACCUAACUUUUCAUCAGGCAUAGAUACUUCGGUCCAAUUUAUCUAUGGCGUAACAUAAUAUCUUACAGUUGAGCAUCGAACUAGCUCAAUCAUAAUGUUUUUACAGUCAGAAAAAAGUAAGCUAAAUUUAGAGCUGUUGUAGUAUGAUUAAUACGAAAAAGGAUAGCUGAAAGUAAUGUUUUAUAUCUAAUAAUAAAAUGGACACACUUCGGACUGCAAAAAAUAUUUUUCACAUAUAAAUAAUUUCGUUGAAGAAGACAUUGAUUGGUUUUUCACAGAUUGUUAGAGCUGAUUUAAAUGUCGAUCCUCCCGAUCGGGAUUAUAAUAUAAAUACAUUAUUUUUCAUCUGGACCAAAGAGUCAAUCUUUAUUGUGGAAACAAAAUAUGACAACCAACAAAUUCAGCCUAGCUGUGUGUUUUUAAAACUCAAACGAUACUGCAAUGUUUUCAAUCAUCGUGGCCGAAUAUAUUUGACAUGUACUCCGAAUAAUUAAUAAAAAAAUCCACGAUUCGUUCAGGAGGAUCAACAAUACGCACACGUACAUAAACACAUAUAUGCAUACAUACAUACCACGUUGUAUUAUAUUGUAAUAUUGAAAUUUAUACUAUGUAGCCAUAAUUGAUAAAAACAACCAUAGUCUAUUAUCAUUUCCAGAUUAUAUAUUAAAUAUAGAAUAUAUCGGAUUUUUCAUAAA